UUGAUCAUCGACAAUGGUGGAGACACGUUGAAGUACGGUUGGUCGACGGACACAUUGCCGUCCUUGAUUCCCAACAAAACGGCGCGCCUACCGCAACAGUGGACUGUUCUAGUCGGUGAUCAGUUAUCCACCGUUCAGAAUCCCAGUCAGCUCAUUGGUGUCACUCACUCGACCGAACGCGGUGUCGUUGUUAAUCUCGGCAAUCAGGUGCAAGUCUGGAAGCCCGCCGAUCCGGACACUCCCGAGAUUCCCGCCGCAACGUGUGCAGUCCUGCUAGCUUUGGCCCCGCACACGCCUCGGAUCAUGCUGGAUCUCAUCGUACAGACUUGGCUGGAAGACCUGGGCUUCGCGCACGUCGGACUCUGCGUAUCCGCCGUCGCCGCGGCUCAGAAUGUCUCCAACGAUUACGAUACCUGCUGCGUCGUUGAUCUCGGCUGGAGCGCCACACACAUUGUUCCGACUCACCGACAACAGGUACUGGACUCACGAGCCAUCCGGCGAGUCCCAAUUGGCGGUCGGCAUCUGAUCAAUGCUUGGAAACACUUUUGCUCCUAUCGACAAUGGAACUUGAUGGAGCAGGAAUUCAUUGUACGCGAUGUUUGGGAGCGGACGGCCUACGUCUCCCUCGAUUUUCAUACCGAAAUAGCUUUGGCACGACGUCUCCCUGCCGGGCAGCGACCCUACGAUCGAGAGUUUGAAGAACAAAUUUUGAACGUAAGUGUGGAACGCUUUACCUUCCCCGAAGCCUUCUUUCGUCCCUCCGAUUUGGGACUGCCACUUGACUGGGCCAGUCUUCCGCAGGCGAUUGUGCAAUCCAUUGGAGCGUGUCCAGAAUCCUACCAGCCAGCUCUGUAUAAGACGAUUCGUCUGAUUGGUGGUCUUGCGCUGCUUUCAAACAUAAAGGCCAGGUUACUCCAUGAAAUUCGCUGCCUGGCUCCCGCUGAAUACGAUAUUCAGCUGGACCUUGACGAUAAACCCGUGGCAGAGGCAUGGCAGGGCGCGCGGAAGUACGCGGCUACGGUUAGGUAUAGGAUUUGGAGCAUCAGCAGAGACGAAUGGGAA